UAGUGGUCCAGUAUUUCGAAAAAAAAUGGCUGCGAAACGAUUUUUUAUUGUAAUCAUUAAUUAACGUGAAACUACAAUCCGUAAUAUCCUGUAGUAAAAUCUUGAAGUGUGAGAUGUCAAUACAUCGGAAAUAGAAACGAUUUCCGGUUCAAAGCUGUUUUCCCAUUGGUCAAGAUAACGGCUAUCGCCUAACCAGGUGAUUACGGAAUAGCCUGGGAUUCGACGUCGGAAAACAUCGCCGCGCGAGUCCAAUAGCCGUUAUUAUACCAGCUGGACUCGCGCUCAUCUAAUCCAUGUAUGUUAUAAUCUUUCCGAUCUUUACUGAAGACCAGAAAUAGGAUCCAAGAAUCGGUGAACUAGUACAGUCGAUCACUUGAAGUGCUUGAAGAAAAAUUGAAAUCUUGCUGCUACAGGAACCACAAACUAAAGGUUAAAGCCGAAAUCUUUGGUGAAAAUAAAUUAAGUGUACUUCGUACACACCCUCGAGGCGCUCGUUAUUAACGAGAGAGAAAAAAAAGAAGUAUGACUGCUACGGUUUUAGGGACCUUUAUAAGAAAAUCAGCAGGAUUCCCCCUUGGCGGUAAAGGAUUGCUGAAAAAUGGGGCGUGCCUCAAUUUUUUUAGCCGAAAGCGAGAUGCUCAUCAAUCUGGUAUCGAUAUGGAAUACCUAAAACAGUUUCAUGGUCCGGUAAUGUACCCGGAUGAAUACACGUCGCAGUAUCCGACGCAUUAUAGAAUUGAACUGGAGCCACCUCGUGAACAGGUUGUUCAGAAUUCGUUUUUGAAUUUUGGGCCGCAACAUCCGGCAGCUCACGGUGUGCUACGUCUGGUGCUCGAGCUUGACGCCGAAACUGUUAUAAGGUCAGAUCCGCACAUUGGACUGCUGCACCGUGGAACUGAGAAAUUGAUCGAAUAUAAAACCUACACCCAGGCGUUGCCCUAUUUCGAUCGUCUCGAUUACGUCUCGAUGAUGUGCAACGAACAGUGCUACUCAUUGGCUGUUGAGAAAUUGCUUAACAUCGAUGUUCCAAUUCGUGCUAAGUACAUUCGCGUGCUCUUUGCCGAGAUUACGCGGCUAUUGAAUCACAUGAUGGGUGUCGGUACUCAUAUUUUGGAUGUUGGAGGCCUGACUCCAUUGUUUUGGCUAUUUGAAGAGCGUGAAAAACUGAUGGAAUUUUAUGAGCGAGUGAGUGGUGCACGAAUGCACGCAGCCUACAUUCGACCAGGUGGAGUUUCAUUGGACAUGCCAUUGGGUCUGAUGGAUGACAUCUAUGAGUUCGCUAAUAAGUUUGCGGAACGUUUGGACGAAGUCGAGGAUCUUAUUACAGAGAAUAGGAUUUGGAUAGCACGUACUAAAGACGUAGGUGUAGUAUCCUAUGAAGAUGCACUGAAUUGUGGAUUCAGUGGUGUUAUGUUACGCGGUUCGGGCAUAAAAUGGGACCUACGGAAAUCCCAACCAUACGAUGCUUACCAUUUGCUCGAUUUUGAUGUCCCCAUUGGAACCAACGGAGAUUGUUUUGAUAGAUAUGUCUGCCGUGUGGAAGAAAUGCGUCAGUCUUUGAGAAUCAUUCAUCAGUGUCUGAAUCAGAUGCCUCCAGGUGAAAUCCGUACUGAUGAUGCGAAAAUCGCUCCACCACCUCGCUCGGAAAUGAAGUCCAGCAUGGAAGCACUCAUUCAUCAUUUCAAACUCUUCAGUCAGGGCUACCAGGUACCGCCUGGCGCUACUUAUACAGCAAUUGAAGCGCCAAAGGGAGAAUUUGGUGUGUAUCUUGUCAGCGAUGGCGGCAGCAAACCGUAUCGCUGUAAGAUCAAAGCGCCUGGUUUUGCUCACUUGGCUGCCCUAGAUAUGAUCGGGAAAAAACAUAUGUUGGCAGAUAUUGUGGCCAUUAUUGGUACACUGGAUGUAGUAUUUGGCGAGAUUGAUCGGUAAGUCCAUUUGCGGGGCAGUUGUGGGGCUAUAAAGGCAAAACGUGGAGUUGUGCAUAAUUUAUAGGCUUCAGGAUACUUAUAAAAUGAACGACUAAUUACGAAUAACUUCAGAUUAAAUGUGAUUUAAUAUCAGUAUUGAGCUCUUGAAAUUCAAGUUCUAUUUCAGCUACGUUAUAAUAUGCAUGAUCAACCUGGUGCCUGGAAAUGUUAGUAGAAAUUAUAAAAUAUAAGAUCAUCAACAACAGAAAGGGUUAAUUAUAAGAAUAUAGCAAAAUAUAAUAACAAAAGUGAAGACUAUGAGUAUAAAGUAUAAAUAAUAUAAGUAAAUAAAAAGGUAUUUAAAAGUUUUCUACGCAUCAAUAGCAUAGGAAAUAUCACAAGGUUAGUAAAAUAUGUACCAAAAGAAAAGUUGUCAUAAAAUUCAUCGAAGCUGAUCUGGAUCAACGCCGGAACCGAAAUUCCACAAGCAUAUUUUAAUAAAUGCCAACGAUCGAUGAUAAAUCUUGAGCAAUUUAAUGGCUCCACAAACUCUUUCGGACUCAGUUUUUCUAACUGGAUUCUCUCAAGAAAAUAAUCCGCGAGACAUAUUCAUCACGAUUUAUAAUAUUCGCGAUAUUUGAAAGGGAAAUAUUUUUUACUCGUAUAAGUGAUGUAACGGGUACAAUUUCAAGUAUUGAGCAGAUUUGAUAAAUUUGUUAAUUUUUCGGACUUUGCGUAACCGAUAUGAGAUUAAAUUUAUCUCUUUCUUUUCAAGUUUCGUGUUGAUUGUGAAAAAAGCAAAUUAAUUGUAUAAAAUAUAAUUAUUGCACUCGAUUUAUUGAAAUAAUAUCGAUUUUGUGAAAUCACAUUGACUUCAGACCUGUGAACUUCACUUUUCACGUAUUCAAUUACACAUCACAUCGGUGUUAAUAACUCAAUUUUUAAUAACCGAUAGGUAAUCUGACAGAAGGAAUGUUUGUUUCGAAAAAUUCAAUUUAUUCUGGUAAGUAAUAAAAACUCUUCGGUUGUAUCGAUCCACGGGCGACUAAGUAUAAAUCAUAAAUGUGUUAGUGCAUAAAACAAAUUUAAUAAAUGCAUACAAACCUGUCUAUAGUAUAGAUCAGUACUGCCGCCAUAAGUAUAGUGAAAAGAAUAAUUACGAAAGUCAAUUAAAUCAAUAGCUGUGGCGUGAUGAUAAUUUUAUGCAAAUCUGCAUUUAAAGUCGAUAUCAAAUCAUCGUAAUAUUGCUCGUAUGAUCUGGCCUUAAUUAUUUUUGUGCAAUUUCGUGUAAUUGACGAAAUUUAAUUAAAAGAUGCAGACACGCGUAUCAACGUCGUGGGAGAUAAGUAAUUAUCAUAUAUUGUCCAUGAGUUUAGAAUGCCAGCUUGACAUUUGUUGAAACUCUCAUAUAUUCAACAGAUACGAUAUUCUUCUUUUCAAUAAAUUUGUUCAAUUCAAAACCUGCAAUGACGAAAUUUUAGGCCACAAAUUAACUGCCUGUCGCUGAUUUCGAAGACUCGAUAAAUUAGCCCGAUUAAGAUUCUUGGAAGCUUACGAUACGUACAGCGUUUAAGUUUUGUGUAUAUACAGGUUUUGUGUAAUUUCACUCGUUUCAGCCUCGGGUAAAUCCCACGUUUUCCUGAUUCUUCUUCCCUUUACGCGAAGAUUCUCAUCUUCCAAAAUAGAUGUGCCAUUAAUUUAUCUCAACCUUCCUUGUGAGUUUUUCCCAUUUUUUUCCGGGAGGAUGUCUGGAAUUGUUUUUGAACCGUCCUUUUUUCCAUCUUUCCACAUUGCUCUAUUUUUAAUUCUAAUUUAUUCGUCAGCAAUGUCGUGGGCCACGCACUUGAUGCCAAGAACCUGCGUGGGCGAUGCUGGUUCGCAUCGCGGGUUAAACACCUGUUAGAAAUUUGGUAGCUAAGCACAGUCCAGCAUCGAGAUGAAAUAUUUCUCCUUUUAAAGAACCGAGGAAAAAGCUUGGGGAUCGGUUAUUUUCAAAACUUUCAAUUCGUUUUUUUGCUCACUUUGUCAUUGAACACAACUCCUCGCCUUCAACUAACAUUCCAGCUUUCUUUUAAUAUUUGCAUUCACAUUUUAGAGUUUCCAUUAUCGUUGGUACAAUUUGUACGUCGAGUCGCUUCUAUUUUCAUCUUUACUGUUCACUUUGCGCUUUUUCGGAAGAAAAAAAGGAUAUUGUAAUAAUAACUGAUCGUACGAUGCUAAGACUCGCGGUUUUAAUUCCUUAUAAAUAUAAUGAGAUUUCAGAUUUAUAAUUGACUUCAGAAGUGUUACGAGUGUUCGUUUUUUUUAUAGUACUCGUUUUCGUUGGCGAGUCAAACUUUAUACGUGGUUAAGGAUUUGCGAUGGGGAUUUAUUUAUGAUCUCCUUCUUGUUGAUAAUUUUUAUAAUUGUGACAUUGGAAUGAAAAAGUCUCUAUCGCGAGAGACGCGAGAAGCAGGCCGUUUUUUUAAAAGUCGUAAUUUUGAAUAUAAAAGAGAACGAAAAAAAACGUACACGCAGUUCGUUUCGAUUCUCUUUAGUUUGGUUAUUUGUGGUGCAAGACUUGAGUCAAAUAAUUUUUUUAAAACUUGAAUUUUAUUCAUACAACUCUCACCAAUUUCAGCACUUGUCUGUUUCUCAUUCGCAGUCUGACUUGUCAGCAUGGAAUUGAGAUUAAUGAGGCCUGCAGCAGCAUAUAAUACGGUUAAAUAAAUUUUUUAAGGCGAAGUGCUGUUUCCAGUUGAAUAAAACUCCAUGGAAACAUGUGUGGAUACCGUAAGGUUUCAUUACUCCGAAUAAAUAAAACUGUUCUCAUUGUCUCCAAUGAAAAGCUACCGCACUUGGAUUACCUUUCGGAUCAUGCUUGAAAGAGAAUCUUAUUCUGCUAAGACGUGUUUUUUGUCGACGAUUUUUAUUUCACCCUACCACGAAAGAAAGUUAUUCGUACAGAAGGUAGUUUUUAAAUUUUCGUCUGGUGUAUGAUUUUUUGUACCUCUUCUUUUUUUCCGCACUAAACUAAGUGACUAAGAUCUGUUUUUGUCGUGAUCCUUCGCAUACGCGACUAGCAGUGCUAAUCACCUUGAUCUUUGAUUCUUCGACUCUGUACCUACCUUCGCAUCCUAUAUAUUGCCUAGGUAUAUGUAUAUUAUGUACAGUAUACGCGUACAUGCAUAUUAAUGUAUCAACGAAUACAGCGACUAUAAGGCUAGAGUAUCAGGCACUUUUCUGACCAUUUUUCAAAGGGUUAAAAGGGGACGAUUAAAUUUAAUGACACGUAUAAGGUGCACGCUCGGGAUGCAAACGAAAUGUCUUUCACGUGCACAUCUUGAAACCUCUGUAGGUUUUUUUAUUCUUUUAUUUCGCAGUGAUUAGGCGGAAAAUGCGAAUUAUCCGUUGGCGGCUUAUACAUAUAUCUGUAGUUUUCCACUGCGUGUAUUGCUGCGAUUGUAAUGGCGCUGAUAGAGAUUCGCCCGCAGUUUAUCUCCAAGCGAUCGAUUAUAUAAUUACUAUACGUCUCCUUACGUAUUAAAAUAAGUGAUAUUCUGUGAUUGUAUUUUUUGCCCGUACAGGAAAUCAUCAAUUCAUAUAACAAGUUUCUUUAUAGGCAGGUUCAUGGAGGAUUUAUUCCGUAACUAGUUCUAUACUUACAGCAGACUUCUUAAUAUCUUUUUCUUAUUUUUCUGCUUCGUUCAUUCGUAACAUAAUACUUAAAUACGUGUAAACCAUUGACGUAAUUCCUCAGCCGGCAGAUUAAUAAAAUAUUGUAAUUUCCCGUAGUUACGAAGACACUCGACAUUCAUACAUUUUUUGUUCCCCCCCUCUUUUUUUCUCUUCUUAUUUUUUCCCCUACAACCGUCAAGUUGUCGCGUAGAAAUCCGAACGGUACCAACACAUUGAUAUAAUGGCCCUCGUAAACAUGUCGUGAAUAAUUAUUACUGCUCCUUUAUUGAGGAAUAAUGGAACGAGGAAAACAAACGUGGAUUUAAAGCAAGAAAAAACAUAAUAGACACAUUACAUGUUUGACAAAUAAAGUAUCCGAACUGCAGAUUGAUAAAUAUUAUAGCGAGAAUUCGGUGGGUGGACUUGUCGUGCGGCAGAAAAAGAAUGAAAGAAAUGAAAGGCGUGCGGCUACGUGACAAAAGUCGGAUAUCUUCCUCCCGAAAUCCUCAAUCCCUCCUGCAUCCUGUUUUCACCUGAGCGAAAGACGAAGCGUUGAACUUUCGCCCUAUGUCAAGGGUAUAAGUGAGUUUCAUUUUCAGUCCAGGUUCGACUUGCGCGCAGGUUUGUCAAGCGGAGUUACCUCGCGAAUUAUUGUAUGUACAUGCCUACGUGGCUAGCAUUCUUAAUGGGGAAUCCAGAUUGCCGUAACGUUUGCACAACUCGUGUCGCAUCACGGUGUCGAUGUGAAACCUACGUCAUUGGAGAACAGAGUAUAGGUAUACACAUAAUAUACGCAUUAUUACAGACAACUUGUGCGUUACCGUAACUUGAAACGAGUGCUAUGAUUUGUAAUGAGUU